AUGACGUCUCCGCACGUCUCUACAUUCCAUCGCGAGCCCAACAUCCCAAGUAUCCAAGCGCGAUCGGACCUACCCUUGAAUGACAUAGCAAUUUCGCCCUUCUCAGCGAGCCUAGUAGAGAAGUCAGAGUACUACCUGCGCCAGCACCUCGUGUCCAGACCGGGUCUGCGCACAUCCCCGCUGACCGGCCACUCAUCAGUCUGCAGGUGGGGGCACGCGGAGGUUGGAGGGGUGGUAUGGCAGCGAAUGAUGACCCGACACACAAGCUCACGAAUAUUCUCGCCCAAACGGAGUCGGUCAUCGCACGACUUAGAGGGAAGCCCGGUUCGUGAGGCGUGGGUUGUGCUGCCCGGCUCUGGUGAUUCGCGGGCUGGGUUGCAGCCCGAAGAACUGUACGACGGGGGGCUGUGA